CGAAGAAGUUAAAUCGGCAUUGUUAUUAGUAAUAUAGGCAGAAAACAAAAAAAUGAUAUACUUAACAGAAACAACAAAAGGAGACAAGAAAAGUAUUUAUCUGUUCAGUGUUCGUAGUGAGGAAAAGUUGAAACAAGAAAAUACCGAAACUAAUACAUGGGAUGAUUAUGAUUGUUUUAAAAUAUCACAAGAGAACUUCUUUCCAGCUAAAGUUAUGGAUUUAGAUACACAAAAAAUUAUUAUUACUAGAUUUCUGAACUUUUACGUUGGAGGAAAGGUUCCAAAAGGUUUGCGUGUUUCAGAUUUACUUUUUGCAGUAAUAUCUAUUAUUCCACUAACUUCUGACACUGAAGAAUUUAUUUGGCAUGAAAAUGAGUAUAGAGAUGAUGGUUUUUUGUUUUUCUUGACACCUGAAGAAAAGCUAAACAGUGAUUUUAAAAAUAUAGCAAAAAAAGCAAAUAAAACUUAUAUUGACACAAUCGAAGACAAUAAUAGUAAUAUUAUUGAAUCAGAUUCAAAUAAAUUCAGUGAUUAUGAGAGUAAAAACGAUGUUGGUGCGCCGUCAUGUGAUGAAAAAGCACCGAAAUGUGAGGAACAAGAUGACACUAGCGCCAGUGAUAACAACUCUGAUGACAAUCUGAAGAAAACUUUAUCUUAUGUGUCAAUAAAAUGGCGCGGAUUGAAAACAUCAUUUGUAUCAUCAUGUGAAAUAACAUCAAAGCAAUACGGCCCUGUUGAAAACUCAGCUUUCAUAUCUUCAUGCAAUAAAUUAUUGAUUGAAUGGGACGAAUCGAAAGAAUCUAGAAUAAUAAUAAAAUGGUUUUUCGGUAUCAUAGCUUUAACUCUAAUGAGAGGAAUUGUUAAAGGAAAAAAGAAUAUAAUUAAUACAUUUAAGAGUAAAAAUUUUCUUAAUAAAAUAAGAUUUAUAAACUCUUAUAUAACUUAUACAACUCCACAGGAACGCUGCGUCGAGAGAUGUUGCAAAGAAAUGAUGCUCAGAGAAAGUCACAACAAAGUGAUGUUUGCUAAAAUAAUAUUUAAUUCAUUCCGUAUUGAUGUCUUACAACGUAAACUUUUUAUCUCAAACAAUUAUGGAUUGUACAAUGUUUUUAGAAUGUGUGUGGUUGACCACACUGCAUACUGUGAUAUGGGCAUCAUAAAUUUGUUAAAAUCCAUUUACGGAUAUGUCUACAGUAUCAACUUUUCAAUCAUUUUGUCAGAUUUAAAAGAUGAAGAAAUCAACGAUAGCAUGGAGCAGGUUAGGAAUUUUAUAUUAAAAUACAUGAAAAAGGAAGAGUGUUUUACAUAUCACUGGGCGCGUUAUUUUGAUUCAACGCAAUUUGAGUACUUGUCUUGCAGCAAGAGUUACGCAACUGCUGUGUUGCUGGCUGUGUUUAUUGAGAAAUUGAUGGGCAAGUCAGACGUGUGGCGCUCUGGCUGGGUGAGGAUGCAGCAGGUUGAUCUCGACAGAUACAAACAGCUUGGAGAACAACUGUAUAAACAAUAUGAAUGCAAAACAAAAGGUACCUUACAAAUGUUUUUUUCGUGGCUAUCUAGUGAAACAAUCUGUGAUGGUAUUUCCUAACCAAUACUACUUAGGGACUUAUUACAAAGUGAGCAUACUGUUUCCUUAAAGGCUGGCAAUUCAUCUGCAGUUACUCUGGUGUUACACAUGUCCAUGAGAGUCAUUAAUAACCUCCCCCUUUCUCUAAUAAAAAAAAUAAAAUGAAGAUACAUUACUUUAGAAACACCUAUUUUACUGUCAGGUUUAAAAAAUCCUCAAAAAAAAAGGACUAUACUUAAUGUAUAAUUUCAGUGUUUAUGCU